CCGCGCGCCCCCCGAAGAGCCCGGCGAGCCGCAUGGCUGCUGGCUGCGCGGCGGUGCUGCGGCCCCAGGCGGCCUCGGAGAGGCCCGCGGCGGGUCAGGCCGGGGCUGUGCCCUGCCUGGAGCUGCCGAGCUACGCCGCGGCCUGCGCGCUGGUGAGCAGCCGCUACUCGUGCCUGGUGGCCGGCCCGCACCGCAGGCACGUCGCCCUGUCGCCGCGCUACCUGAGCCGGAAGCGCACGGGCAUCCGCGAGCAGCUGGACGCCGAGCUCCUGCGCUACUCGGAGAGCCUUUUGGGUGUCCCUAUUGCAUAUGAUAACAUCAGAGUUGUGGGUGAGCUGGGAGAUAUUUAUGAUGACCAAGGACAUAUUCAUCUCAACAUCGAAGCAGAUUUUGUUAUUUUCUCCCCUGAACCGGGACAGAAGUUAAUGGGUACCGUUAAUAAAGUAUCUUCCAGUCAUAUUGGCUGUUUAGUACAUGGGUGUUUUAAUGCCUCUAUCCCUAAGCCUGAGCAUCUGUCAUAUGAAGAGUGGCAGAACUUGGAGAUAAAUGUUGGCGAUGAACUGGAAUUUGAUGUAUUUCGUUUAGAUUCAGAUUCUGCUGGUGUAUUCUGCAUUCGAGGAAAACUAGAUACCACAAGUUUGCAACUUAAGAGCUCUGCAGUUUCUGAAGAUGUAACAGAAAUUGGCAUUGAAGAAGUUGCUGAAAAAACUUCAAAGAAAAAAAAGAAGAAAAAAGACGCAGGAACAGCAGUCAAUGGUGUCACAGAACUAGCAAAUUGUGCAGAUGUCACUCCAAAGGAAGAAACAGACCUACUGUGUGGUGGUUCUGUGAAUGACGUCUGUGAAGAAGAGCCAAAGAAGAAGAAAAAGAAGAAGAAAAGGCACCAGGAAGAUCAGGACCCUGUUUUCCAAGCCAGUGACUCCAGUGGCUACCAAAGUGACCAUAAGAAGAAAAAAAAGAAACGGAAACACAGAGAAGAGAUUGACUCUGCGUCACCUAAGAAGAGAUAGUGACUGUCUCUUGCAUUUUGACAUACUUACAUACAAUACGGUAUAGGUGAUUAAAUGCUGUGUAGAUACAUGAGAAGGUCACAAACACUUGUUAUUGGAGAGUUUUGUACUACAAUCAUACAUGUGACUAUAUAAAUUUUAGCUAAUACUGAUAGGAUUAAAGUAUCUUUUUAUUACACAGUGUAAAAUGUUAACAACUGCUUUCCACUCCUGUCUCAGAUGUUAACACUCUCUAUAAAAUUCUGAAUUCUCAGUAUUUGCCAAAGAACUUUGUAAUACUUUCAGUUUUUUUUCUGAUAAUAAAUUUUGCUCUUAUUUA